GUUGUAUGAAUAAUCAGCUGUUGUGCAGAGUCUUCAUGAGACGUGUGAUUCAAUUGAAAUGAUUUGCAUUUUAUGUGACCAUUAAGACUGCAAUUAAUAUAUUAAACAUACAUUUAAUAAUUGAAUUAUUGUGUGAUUUAUGAAUGCAUUCAACAAAUGAUGAUUUCUUCCGUAUUAUUGAAAACCAAUUACUUAUGCAUUAAAUUCAAAGCCAAUCAAUGAUUCAAUGACUGAAUGCAACACUCAUUCAAACAUUCAAUCAAAUCAAUGCUUUUAUAGCUUAUAAUUACGACAAGACUUAUCGCAUACAGUGUCGCAUAUAUUGAUCGUUAGCACCGGACACUGGAACCGUUACAGUGAUGGCACUGCGAGUGAGAAUGUUGUCCAUCUUGGAUGUGGUCUUAAGAGUGCCGCCACUCUUCAUAAUGGACUCGAUUCUCAUCCACUGUUUGGCAACAAUUCAACCCAUUCUUCACAACAACAACAAUCAUAUAAUGACCACAACUAUGACCACAACACCAGACAAUAGAUUCAAUACUAAUAUAAUUAAUGACAAUAUUUUGAAACUCAAUAACAAUAUGAAUCACUCGUCGGAAGACUGGAAAAUAGUGAUGACAUCUAUUAAUGGCAGCAAAUUGUCUGUCGAUGAGGACGACGACAUGCUGUCCAUGAAUUUCAGCACUUUGUCUGUCGUGUGGAUUACAGUCUAUAUCCAGGCAUUCAUUAUGGCUUUCUCGCUGUUCCUGCUGUCGACCCGACAUUUGUUGUCAAUCUAUGUGUGGUUGGCAUCGAUUGGAGUGAUCCUCUGGUCGUACAUCUCUAAUGAAGAAUAUAAUAAAUACAAUGUGAUACCGAAGCGUUUGGUCGGCAUUACAUUCAUCGCUCCAAACAUUAUAUCAUUGAUUCCAGCGAUUCCUUCCGUCUUUCUGGCCGUCUCUCCCGUCAUUUCGGCCGCAAUUGCUUUACUUUACAUUAUCCAAUGGUCGCGAACUAUUGUCCGCAACUAUGGUCUCUACACUUUACUCGAAAGCCAAUGGAUUCGCUUACAUGUGCCACAGGUUUUACGAGUGUUUUGGUUGACUCGGCUCACAGAACAGGCAGUCUUUCUGAUCGCAGACUCCACUCAUAAGGAAUACCUGUCGACCGGAAUAAUAGGCCUCACAUUUGAGAGUCGCAUCUUCUGGUCAAAUAUCAAACAACUUAUGGUCAGAGGCUGUGAGACUAUAGUUGCUGUUCUCGGAAUGACUUCUGUAUUGUCGGGCGUUUCUCAUCAAAUCGGAUGUCUUAUGCAAUCAUUUUUAUUAGUCGAAGACCCGGAAGACCGCUCUAUUGGCACCGUUUCUGCCAUUUUGUUCUUUAUAUUAGCUCUUCAGACGGGACUCACCGGUUUGGACCCCGAGAAGAGGUUUCUACGGCUUUACCGCAAUCUGUGUCUCCUCUUCACUGCAAUCCUCCACUUCAUCCACAAUAUGGUCAGUCCUUUGCUCUUCUCAUUGAGUGCGUCCAGGAAUAUGUCGAUCAACAGACACGGCAGAGCUCUCAUAGUGUGUCUGUUCCUCAUUGCGUUUCCCAUGUAUUUCCUGAUAUAUCUUUGGACACAUCACGCGGUCUCCACUUGGCUUCUGGCCGUUUCGGCCUUCAGUAUUGAAGUCGUCAUUAAAGUGAGUGAACAUCCAAACAGUCCACUCUUCAGUCAUCUCUUCAGUCAUUCACACAUUUGUCUCAUAUUUCAGGUCAUUAUCUCUCUAUUAAUUUACGGCCUCUUUAUGAUUGACGCCUUCCGGACCUCAAUGUGGGAACAAUUGGAUGAUUACGUCUAUUAUAUCCGUUCGACCGGAAACUCAAUUGAGUUUAUAUUUGGGAUCUUCUUAUUCUUCAACGGCGCCUGGAUUUUGCUGUUUGAAUCGGGGGGUACUAUACGUGCGCUCAUGAUGUGUAUUCACGCCUAUUUCAAUAUAUGGCUUCAGGCGAAGGCCGGUUGGAAGACAUUCAUCAAGAGACGACACGCGGUCCACAAAAUCAAUUCACUGCCCGAAGCAUCUGAAGAGCAGUUGCGUAACUUCGACGACGUCUGUGCGAUCUGUUACCAGGAGUUAACCACAGCUCGCAUCACAAAAUGCAAUCAUUAUUUCCAUGGCGUAUGUCUUCGCAAAUGGCUUUACGUUCAGGACAUGUGUCCCCUCUGUCACGAGACCCUCUAUAAUAUCAAUGAUGGUAACGAUCCCAACGAUCCAAACGAUAAUACUAAUGAUAAUCUGAUGAACAAUAUUGAAGGAGUGGGAGGACAGGCGGCCGCACAUGAACACAACGAUUGAGUCCAAAGUGAUAAAUGAAAUGAAUUUAAAUAUAUUUUGAAACUAUAUUUUGUAU